AUGGUGGCAACUCGGUCCUCUAGGAAGUCAUCGGCUGCCAACAGCCCCGCGCCAGAGUCACCAACCACGCCCUCUCGCAAUGGCCACAUCAACGGCCACGUGAAAGGCCACGCCAAUGGCAAACUCGUGGCCGCGACGCCGAACACGAAGUUGGCGAUCAGUAAACGCAAGUCACCAGCCAGUGGCGAUGCAACAAGCACGUAUGCUCACGUGGUCGAUCCAUUGACCAUUCUCUGGCUGUUCGUCUCGCUGAUACUGGUUGCAUGGGAUACUGGCUACGUCUUCCUGCGGCCUUGGUCUAUGCCUGGAGGUCACUUGCAUUCGCCCAUUUGGACACCCUAUGCGCUCUACGGUACCGUCGAUUACAUCUAUGGAUGGCCAGCUAUCGAGAACGGCGUUGGCUUCACAGCUGCCCAAGGCGCUCUGAACUUCGUUGAAUCGUCUAUGUACGGAUACUACCUGUUCAAGUUGCUACAAUGCGGCUCGGGAACGGAAUGGUACAAAGUCUGGGAUGUUGCCUACUGGCGCCGUGAGACCGUGGUGGAAGGCGAGGGCAUGGCCAAAGCAUUGGUCAUAUGCUUUGCGUCUGCUAUCAUGACUCUCAGCAAGACCGUCCUAUACUGGCUCAAUGAGUACUUCUCAAACUACUCGAACAUCGGCCACAACACCAUUGGCAGACUCUUCUUCCUCUGGAUCAUUCCCAACGGGCUAUGGCUGAUAGUCCCAACUUACAUGAUCUACAUCCAGGGGGCCGAGAUUGUCGACCUCAUGGAAGCAGGCAGCCGCAAGAUUCACGUCAAGGAAGAGUGA